GAUUCUUUUAUUUACGCCCGUCGAUUAAUUCGGGAAGAGGGACUUCUUGCUGGUGGUUCAUCGGGAUCUGCGAUGUGGGCAGCAAUCCAGGCGUGCAAAUCUUUGAAAAAAGGUCAACGUUGUGUUGUCCUAUUCGCCGAUUCCGUUCGAAAUUAUAUGUCUAAAUUCUUAAACGAUGAUUGGAUGAAAUCUCACGGAUUUAUUGAUGAAGUUAUAAAAAAAGAUGAAGUUAAAGUUCAACAAUAUGGAGGCGCUACUAUUCGCGAUCUUAAUCUUAAGGUCGCAGUUACCAUCGAUUCAACUUUUACCUGUCGAGAAGCAAUCAAUGUGCUAAAAAGCAAUGGAUUCAAUCAAUUGCCAGUUACUUCUCAUAACAAGUUAGUAGGACUGGUUACUCUCGGAAAUUUAUUGGCUAAGCUAUCCAGAGGAGGAAAGACAGCUGAUUCUCCUGUUAGUGAAGUGAUGUUCAAAUUCGAUAGGUCGGGAAAGCAUUUCCAAGAAAUCACAGUAGACACACCUUUAGAGGAUUUAACCAAAUUCUUCGAGCACCAUAGUUCAGCGGUUGUUACUGAACGUGGGGAAAAUGGACUUAUAACCCGACAUGUAGUAACCAAAGUAGAUUUGUUAUCGUAUCUGGUCAAGAAUUAA